GAGGGAGGGGGUAAGAUGGCGGCGCCCGUCCUGCUGCGAGUGUCGGUGCCGCGCUGGGAGCGAGUGGCCCGCUCCGUCGUGUGCGCGGCCGGCAUCCUCCUCUCCCUCUACGCCUGCUACGUGGAGCGCGAGAAGGGUCGCGACCACCACUACCAGGCGCUGUGCGACCUCACCGAGCGGGUGCGCUGCUCCGUCGCCAUCUCCUCCAGAUGGGGUCGAGGAUUUGGUGUGUUGGGUUCCAUCUUUGGAAAAGACAGUUUAAUAAAUCAGCCAAACAGUGUUUAUGGACUUGUGUUUUAUAUACUACAAAUGUUGCUUGGUAUGACAGCAAGUGCAGUAGCAGCUCUGAUCCUCAUGACAUCCUCCAUAGUGUCUGUAGUAGGGUCUUUAUACUUGGCCUAUAUUCUGUACUUCGUGCUGAAGGAAUUUUGCAUUGUCUGCGUCAUCACAUAUUUCCUGAACUUCAUUCUCUUUAUCAUCAACUACAAACGACUAGUUUAUUUGAACGAGGCCUGGAAACGGCAACUCCAACCCAAACAGGAAUAAGGCCUGUUUGAACUUUUGACUGACAGUCUGAAGACCCAACUUCCAUUAAGUUUAUUUUGCAGUAAUUUUUUAUUCUUCAUAUCAGAAACUUUCCCUGAGAAUCAUAACUGAAUUUUUAAUUAUAAAUUGGAAGGGGCCCUAGAUAACUUUUUUUUUUGUGCUAACAUUGAAUUUAAAUGUGGUUAUGAAAGAAAGCUCUAAUACAAUCAAAGACAAGCUUUAACUUUACUUUAAAGGAGUUUCAGCCACAGCAAAACUAGACUCUCCCUCCGCCCCCUCCACUUGUGCAGUGGGUAACACUUGCUUCAAAAUAUCCUGUAUAUAAAUUCAGUUUCAGGUAUAACAAGAUGUGAUCAUGACAUUAAAUAUUCUAGAAUAGGAUUACCAUAUUUAAUGUUGCCAUGUUUACAGUAUGUGUAUUACAUUUUUUUUUUAAGCUGAUGGACUUAGAUUUGACUAGGACUUACACUGUAAAUAAAACUAGAGAUACUGGUUUCAUCCCUGGAGAACUCACUGUACAAUCAGUUUUGUUAGCCUGGGAGACUUCAGAGUGUUCAGCUCAGAGGUGAUGGACACGGUGGAAGGAGUGACCUCUAUAGAGAAAACAUUGCUGCACUCACUGCUAGUGCUUUCUUAAAAAAAAAAAAAAAAAAAAAAAGAAUACACGAUUGGGUUUUGCUCCUUCUUUCUUUCUUUCUUUUCCUUCCACUAAUGAAAAUGGGAAAGCUGAAACCUGAAGUAUGCCCUUUAAACCCACAAUUUCAUUAAGUUCUGUUCAGAAUGAAAAUAACUAAAUGUGGUCAAUGGAAAGCUACCAUCGGGAUAUUAUAUACAGAUCGGGGGGUUGUGUGUCAGAGAUCUCAUUGAAAUGGCUUAAUUUCCAUGCAGAGUUAUGUUUUCAUUUUAAAGUGCUGUCAGGCAGCCAGUGUUACUAAUGUUUGAUGUUAUAUGAAUGCUGCAGUAUAGGAUUGCAAGUUGCAGUGGAAACCACUGACUGAGUGGGAUAGCCAAGUCGUGCACUGAAUAAGCAGAUACUUAAUUGAUCUUGGUCAGGAUCUUUGGUUUGUGCUAUAUUGGGAAAUGAACUUUAGGACAGACGCACAUAAGGUCCCUUGGAAGGGCCGUCUGUUUAAUGAGAUAAGUAAAUGUGCUCCUGAAAAUGACAUGUGAUAGUGCUAUCAUUGCUCUUUCUAAUAACUAAUUAUAAAAAAAAAAAAAAGAGGGAAAAAAUAGAAGAAAUUAUACUGAUUUAAGCACCUGAACAAAAUUGUAAAUGUUCUUUCUGCACUCAGUAUUCUAAGGCUGAAUGUUAAAAGUGCCUUCUGUCUUGAAAUCUUAAACCAAAUAUUUUGUGGUGAACUUGGCAGGCAGAAGUUCCUGGCUUGAAAAAAUGAACAAACAAAAAGGGAGAGGGGAAAAAAAAAAGGCAACAAAAUUGCUGGGCAUAGGAAGGUAUUCUGAUAUCUAUUCUAGUUUUUAGACUGAGAAGUGGUAGCAAUAUUGUUUCGGUUAACUCAGUGUGACAGAAGGUUGAUGCCAUGAUUCAGAAAAGUGAAAUCCUUCUGUUUCGAACUCUGUGACAGCAAAACAAAAAGUUUGGCUGCUUUUUGUAAUUGGUGCUGUGCUGCUUCUUGCCCUUGUCAGCUUCUAAAUAUGAAGAGUUCCAACUGCAUACCCAUUUAUUUAAAGAGUUAGUUAAACUAGUCUAGUUUUGUUCUUAAACAUGAAUGUCUAAGAGACACUUAUGCUGUAUUGCUAAGUGAAUUUUAAACACUAAGUUGCUGAGGAUAAACUUGACUGUGAAACAUGCAGCGUUCAGUAGAGAAGAUAGGAUUUUUAGACUCAAUUCGCAAAUUAGUAUUUAAAUUACUACGGAGGUAAUUUUCUGGUUUGUAUCCAGGAUGUAGGUGGAAACUGCUUUGUGUAUAAAGUUCUGUGGUAUGAGUAACAUCUGUUGCAUGUAACACUAAAUUACUUGUCCCUCUUGUCUAACGAUUUUGGACAACAAUUCAUUUUGUAUUGACCAGAGUAUAGUUAAAGCUUGUCUUGAUGUUUAGUUCUGUCUCUUAAAUGCCUUGAACUUUGAUGUGGAAGGAGUGGACAAUGUUAAACUGGUCCCUCAAGGCUUUACCCUGUCCUUGUACAUGCCUUGAGGCAAUACUGCUGUUUCACGCGUUGUAUGGAUUUGUUUUGAUGCAUUCCUAUGAUCUACACUAAGGCAUCUUUUCAUCCAAGGAAGAGGUGAACACGUGCAGCCUGAAAUGGUUAGUCGCAGUGUUAAUACCUCAGAGCAAGCAGCAAUGGAGACAAGUAUGAUCAGUGAUUACUUGGUCCGAUUUCUGGUUUAAUCUACAACAAAAAAAAAAGGAGAAAAAGAAAAAAAAAAAGAAAAAAGAAAAAAAAAGCCCCAUCAACUGAAAGUUAAGUGUUGACUAACUUCACUGUCUUGUGCUUGUCUGUGUGGGCAUAGUCUGUUAAUUCAGUUUGUUGAGUAAAAUUGUUUAGGGCCAGAUUUUCAGCGUUUAUGUCUGCAGUCCUCGUUUGUGUGCACAGAGGGAUCAAAUGCAAAAUUAGUUUGGUCUCUGGAAGAAUUUACAGCGCUACGUUGUGCACGAUCUUGCAGUUCUGAUCCUUAAUUGUAAACUUUUGUCUCGUGUGCUUUUCUUACAGUUACUUUUUACUGGAAGUGAUUUGCUACAAAUGGCCCUAAUUCUUCUACUUUCGUGCUUCAGAAACGGAGUUGGCGUGAAUAAAGGGCAAAAUAAUACUAGCAGUAGAAAUUUGGACCUUUUUGCUUCCAGUUCUUUGACUCUUUCCUCAUUGCUGCCAACGAUAGAAACAGCCUAUUUCUUCCAGUAAAAUGGCUCAGGUUACGAUUAGGAAUGUGACAGAAAUCAGACAAGUGCUUCAUGCAACUGCCCCCCUCCUGGCCCAGCCAAAACAACUGAUGGCAAGUAUGUGUUUGAUGCUAAUUUGACCUUUGCAAAACAAUGUAACAUACGGGAUCUUCCAGGGAAAUCUUGAGGAUAUGGGAGAAAGGCUACCUGCUAGUAAGUAAUAGCUGGUUUGGGGGAGAGAUGAUGGGCAGCUUUGUUACAGAUUCUAGUUGUGGUUUUAACACUCAUGAGAAUUUGGCAGGGGGAAAGUUGGGGAGGAAAAAAAAACGACAAAUGGUGUUUCUGAAUUUGGGACACUGCUUUCCUCCUUUGCUCUCAGAAGUUCUGCAGGGAGGGCUGGUUGGGGAGGCAAAGAAAUGAAAUCCCAAAACUUGUUUAGGAAGUAAACAUUCCUGAAAUCCUUUUACUGUAAGGUACUUGCUACUCCUAAGGCCAACGAAGCAUUCAAGUCUCAUUUAGAAAACGAAUGUUCCUGAAAGAUUCUUACUGUAAAGUAUUUGCAAUUCGUAAGGCCAAUGAAACAUUCCCUACCACCUUUGAUGUCCGAGGUGAGGAUGGAUUUCUCUAAUUGGGAGAUUUCUGCAUACUGUAGUAUGUAUUUGUCUUCUGCUGUACAGUGUCUCUUGAUCAUUCAGAAAGAUAGGCAAGGUGCUUCAGGCAGCACUUGGGGCCCCAAAUUUGUAUGGGCUGAAACUCAGGAGGUCUAGUAAUUUUGGUUCUGCCAAUGUUUAAACACCAUCUAGAGAAAACUGGUCCAGAAAAGACGAAGUAUUGUUACCAUAAAACUGUAUUAAGCAUGGCCUAAAUAUUGGGUGUUUGUUCUGUAUAGUAUGUUCCAUCGACUAUUUAUUACUAGUGCUUUAAACUCCAGAUUAAACAUCCAUUUAAGUGGAGUCACUGGGCAGAUGUUCCUUUUAUCAAUAUAGGUUGAGAGAUUCUCUAUUGGAGGUUUAGGAUACAAUUUUGCUAACAGGUAAAACAAUGUAAAUAUGUAUGAAUUUUAUUUGUUGCACAUAACUUUUUUGGUAUAAAAAAAUAAAUGUAGAAAUUAUCUGUGGAUGUCUUGCUGCAAUCAUUCUUAUGCUGCAUUCAUGCAGUCCAAACAUAAGAGCUUGAAUGAACCCAAUCAGAGGCCUUUUUGGACUCAGUCUGAGCCUUAGAAACUGUUUUUAAA